GAAUCUGCAAGGUAAAGUUUUCGCUGCCAAUUAUGAAGUGGCCGCACAAUAUAAAUGGCAAGUUCAAGCCAGUAUCGAUAAGCACUAUCACACCAAAAGAAUGGAACAGUCGCCAAAGAAAAAGGAGAAGGAAGAUGGACCGAGAGAGACCAAGUACAGAGGAGUACGGAGGCGACCAUGGGGGAAGUUCGCAGCAGAGAUUCGAGAUUCGAACAGGCACGGAGCUCGAAUAUGGCUGGGCACUUUCAGCACAGCAGAAGAAGCGGCGAGAGCCUAUGAUCGUGCAGCUUUUGGGAUGAGAGGGCAAUCGGCGAUUCUGAACUUCCCGGAAGAAUAUGGUUUGAGCAAUGGGGGAAGUGCUGGUGCUAGUAGUAGUAGCCACCAGCAUCGCUGUUCAUCGUCGUCUUCAAUGGUGGAAGCCCAGGGUCAGGGUGGGAGACAAGUGUUUGAGUUCGAGUGUUUGGAUGAUAAAUUGUUAGAGGACCUUCUCGAUCAUGCCGCCAAGAAAGAAGAGUAAAGCCUACCCUGUUGGCCUCUAAGCUAGGAAUUCAAUGGUCUCUCCAU